AACCCAACAAGUUUCUGCAAAUUUUGGCUUGAAAGUAGCUAAAUUGCAAUUACACCGGGAAGAGCUGUUUUCCAACACUGACAACUUUACUUCAAGGAGUGUUAACACUGACUUUGAGAAUGGUAUUCCAGUUGCCUACGACCACGGCUGCUCCGAUAGGAGGGGCAUCCUCGUUCUCCUUCGGCCUGAGCACGGGAACACCCGCUGCAGCCGCAGCUCCAGGAGCACCAGCCGCUGUUCCCGCCACAAAGACCACAUUCGCAUUUGGAGGACCAGCUACUGCUCCGAAUGCGGGCGGUGGAGAUGCGGACAAUACUAAGACACAGGCUCAACCGGCAUUCAGUGGAUUUGGCCUCGCGGCAUCUGCUCCAGCUCCUCUCACGCUGGGCGGUCAACCCACUAACCCGGUGUCCACUACUGCACCGGCGACUUCCGCUGCUCCUCCCGCCUUCGGAAGCUUUUUGGCCCAGCCGAUAGCAUCAGUGGUGCCAAAUAUAGCCACUAGUACACCAAACACCGCAGCCCCUACCACAGGAUUACUAGGCGGAACAGGAUUGGGGGCUCCCAAGAGCACAGCACCGGCUUUAACCACCUUGACAGCUGCGCCAGCGGCCAUAGCUCCUCAACUAGGUGCUGCUGCGGCUCCAACUCUUAGCACCGGCGGAGCUUUCGCCAAUCUUACCACCGAAACCAAGACCACGGACUCCUCGGCCAUCUCCACGGCCUCCCAGCUAUCCUACAACCAACUGGAGGAGCACAUCAACAAGUGGACCCUGGAGUUUGAGGAACAGGAGAAGGUAUUCACCGAACAGGCCACUCAGAUCAACGCCUGGGACAAGCUGCUCAUUAGCAACAAUCAGAAGAUCGUAGAGCUUAACGAUGCCGUGAAGAAGGUGAAAACCGAUCAGCAGGUUCUCGACCAGGAGCUGGAGUUCAUAGCCACACAGCAAAAGGAGCUGGAGGACAGUCUGGCGCCGCUGGAGAAGGAGUUCGUGAAUCUCCCGCGUGUGGACAUGGAGCGCAGCCAGACCUACUUGAUGGUGGAAAACCUGGACACGCAGCUGAAGCAGAUGUCCGAGGAUCUGAAGGAGAUCAUAGACAACCUGAACGAGGCCAACAAGGGGCAGGACACCAGUGAUCCGAUCAUCCAGAUCGGCAAGAUUCUGAACGCUCACAUGAGCUCGCUGCAGUGGAUCGAAUCGCAGUCGUCGAAUAUCUGCAAGAAGCUGGACGACAUAGGCAAGAUUCAGGACUCCCAGAAGCGAGACAUCUUCCGAGCUCCCUUUUAAAGAUAAGUCCAUUAAAGCUUGUUAACAUGUAACUUAAUUAAACGAUUUCUUGUAACUUCAAAAA